AAAAUAAAAAUGUUGACUUGCCUAGUUAAAUUACAUUUUAAAAAAUGUAUUAACUAGAUAAUAACUAAUAGUGAUGAAAUAGCUAUUGUUCUGAAAUGGUGGCUACAUGAGCCAACAAUAAACGGAAAGCCAAACGGUAUAAUUUUAAGCAAGACAGAGGGGCAACCUCAAAAUAUUUUUAUCCUCUGUCUUUGUGUGAUGUCACCAGUGGUAGAACUGUUGUAAUUGACUUGGUGGGGGGUGAUGGCGUCAUUUCGUGCCCUGGUGUACCCUCCCGUGCUCGAAAGUAGAAGGGAGAAGCAUCUUUAGCAGAGGCGAUCGUGGCUCCCAGGGCCGGGCUCGAGUACCGCCAAGCCGGACACCUCACGCCGGAAAAUAUGGAGGCUGUGGCCGAGGAGCUGCGGGCCGGCUCUCGGAUUCCUGUCACUGUUGAUCAAAUAGUUAACGAUACACUAGUAGUGACGCUUACCUAUCAAGAAAGGUGCUACAUGGGGAUAUUACUCGAUUGCAACAAAAAGACUGGGCUUUUCUGCCUACCGGAUAUCACAACAAAGCCAGUGGAAUGCCCUGCAUUGAAACCUGGUUGUGAAAUCCCUGAAGUCCUGAGAGAGGAACCUGUUACUAAACCUCCCAGCCAGGCUUCACAUCAUAGACCAAAGGAUGAAAACACGCUCCCUGAAAAUGACCCACUAGGUGCCAGUCUCCCAGCCCCUCUGCCCACAACAGUGCCUGCCGGGCACGGUCCAUACCCUCCAUAUUUUGAAGGAGCUCCCUUCCCUCAGCCCAUUUGGGUGCGCCACAGCUAUGGUCAAUGGGUACCUCAGCCACCUCCGCGGACCAUUAAAAGGAAGAAGAGGCGGACCCGAGAGCCCGGGCAGAUGACCAUGAGCACCAUUAGACUCCGCCCCCGGCAGGUGUUGUGCGAGAAGUGUAAGAACACACUGAACAGUGAUGAGGACAGUAAGGACGGGAUGCCCACAACCAAGGCUUCCAGGAAAGAGAACGCUCCACAGAGCGAUGAAGACUCCAAAGACGGGUCUGUGAAGUUGACCAGGAAAGAGGAUGCAGAUGCCACCAAGGAUAACAGCAAGAGGCGGGAGAAUGGCCCCACCGGCUAUGACAGCAAGCGGCUCCGGAAGGACAAGAGGGAUGAGGAACCAAAGUUCCCUGCAGUGGACAUCAUUCCCCACAGCCCGGUCAUCAAGAUCUCCUACAGCACUCCGCAAGGCAAGGGCGAGGUGAUGAAGAUCCCAGCUCGGGUCCACGGCUCUGUCAAGCCCUUCUGCCCUAAGCAGCUGAUGCAAAACGGCCUAAAAGGCCAGCUGGGCAAGGUGCCCGAGCCCACCACCCUAACCCAGACCCAGGAGCAGCGCCACAUCCUGGACGCCACCAGGACGGGCCUGACCGUGUCCAUUCCCAAACUCAAGCUCCCCAGACCGCCAACGGCUGGCCUGGACUUCCCCUCCCCCAAGAUUCGAGUGAGGACCCUGGGGGACGGAGAGGACAGCCUGACAGUCUACGAUUCAGAGCUGGUAGAGAGGCAGAGCAGAAAGAGCCUCGGGGUCCCGGUCCCUCGUCCCCUGCCCCACUCGGAGGACUCUGGGGAGAAAACCCCAAUGGAGCUGUGGUCAGGGAGCUCUGGAGAGGAGGCAGACCGAGGCCAAAGUGACCUUGCGCUGCUCAUCAACCUUCGCAAGAGGAAAGCGGACUCCUCCAGCCUGUCCGUGUGCAGCACAGACAGUCUAGACGAAUCCAAAUCCUUCAGCUCAGAUGGCACGUCCCCAGAGCUGUGCGACCUAGCGCCCGGCGAGCACAUCUCCUCCAUGUCCUCCUCGAUCUCACAAGACGAUAGCAAGACUGUGCCGCCACUCACCGUGCGCCUGCACACACGUAGCAUGACCAAGUGCGUGACGGAGGAGGGCCACGCGGUGGCCGUGGGAGACGUUGUGUGGGGGAAGAUCCAUGGGUUCCCCUGGUGGCCGGCGAGAGUGCUCAGCAUCAGCGGCAGCCGCAAAGAGGAGUCUAACUGCGAGGUCCAGUGGCCAGAGGCCAAGGUGGCCUGGUUCGGCUCGCCCACUACCUCCCAGCUGUCCGUUGCCAAACUCUCCCCCUUCCGGGAGUUUUUCAGGUCGCGAUUCAACCGCAAGAAGAAAGGGAUGUACCGGCGAGCCAUCGUGGAAGCUGCCAAGGCCGUGGGCCACAUGAGCCCCGAGAUCACCUCUCUACUCACCUCUCACUGCGAAACGUAGAGGCUGAAGGCGGAAGAAUGGUCUUCUGUCAGAGGUUGCGGAUCUCUGACUCUUGAGUCAUCUAUCCCCAGGAGAGAGAGGGAGCGUGUGCAGUUUCCACGGUCACUAUUUAUACAGCAUUUUCCCAACCCCACAUGGCUGGAGGAAAAUGGCUGCUCAGGUGGAAUAUUGUUGACUGGAUAAGGGAGCAAGAAAGGGCAAUUUUGAGGCAUCUCAUGGACUACACGGAACAAUUCCUCAAUUUUGUAUUUUUUAUUUUAUUUUUUAGAUGUAACCACAUUUCAAUACAACUGAAUAGCAACAUACUACAAAUCAGAAUGUAUUUAUUAUCUGUAACCAUUUAUUAUCCAUAACGAUUUAAGUUGACCGUUCUACAAUCCCCAUGAGAUCUCCAUACUGCUGCUUUUGUGAACGGUCCUCUCGACCGAUUGGUCGCGAAGCGGUUCAACGACAACCAGUCAGAGGACCUUGUCAGGUCCGUUCAGUCCCAGUGCCAUCCUCAUCGGAAGCCCAGCAACUCUUUUCGAAUAGACCAGGAAGCAUAUCCACAACAUUUCUGGUGAAAAGUCUUACUCUUAAGUUCAUUACUUUCCAAAUAUGAAACUGUGAAACUGUUCCAUCCAGAGAUAGUACUGUAGUUUAUUCUAUCAUACAGUGUUUCAUCUUUGUAGCCUUCUUCAGCGUUGCUAGUUGGAUACGUCGAUGUAACGUUAUUUAUACGUUUUUUUUUUUUUCCAAACGUUUCUCUCUUCCAUUUCAGUUUGGUUUGAAUACUUCAGAAGUGUGGUAUCUAUGGGUUAUUUGUGAGCGAUCCCAGAGUUAAUUUUGACUCACUUUUAAUUAUUUGUGUCAUGUAAAGAAAAGCACUUUAUCUGUACCUUUUGUGGCCUGCUGUAAGCUCAUUGUCCGAACACUAACUGGAGUUACAGCACUGACAGGCAGCGGGAGUUCAAAUGUCCCACGUUGACUAUCCAUGGCCUUGGAGAUGUACUUUUUUUUUAAAGUUUUGGGAUGCCAGAGAUUGAUCCUUUCAGGGGUGGUUGUGUACACUGUAUUCUUGCAUUUUUGUCUCCGGUGUGUCUUUGUACAUUCUCUCAACCCACCCCAGUUCUAUCCCCGUCAAAUGUUUCCACUGGAGAGAGUGGACAAAAGUGUCAAACACUAUGCAUCAAUUAAAGCUUUAUGGUCACUCAGAAAUGCUGUAAGAAUACUGUGAAUUCAACUCUUUUGAGUGUGCGUGUGAAGGUGUGGGGAGAUGGGUGGCUGCUCACUACUGGCUGCAUGUCUGGAGAUGGAGAAGACUGCAGGAUCGACCUUUAUUGAUCUUAGUUGAACGCAGCACUUUUGGAAUGUAGGGGGGAAGGAAGGGGAGUCGGGACAUAUACUACAUGGC